AUGGCUGAUCAAAAAAUAUGGUUUCCUGAUCCUAUCCAGGAUUCAGAAUGCAAGAUCUUGACUCUGAGCGAGCCUACCCCUUCUAACUGGGAAGUCGUCCAAAAGAUUAACGAGCACGUCGAGCAAUGGCAAGAUGCUACCUCCUACCCCUCCCACCCCUCCCUAGCCUCCGCUAAAUUCGUCUGUCGCGAUGCCCAAUCUCCUAAUGGGCCCACAGCCUUCCUCCGUAUCGUGAAGCAGAUUCCUUCUGUCAAGGGCGACAUAGGCCCUAUUCGACCCCAGGAAGCCGCUCGAUUUACUCCCUCCGAGCUAAAAGCAUACGAAGCCAUCCGAGCUCGGGAAGCCACUCAAUUUACGCCACCCGAGCUAGAGGCAUACCAAGCCCUUAAGGAAAGAAAUUCGCCUAAUACCCCUAAGCUCCUAGCAUGGGAGCAAGGGACUCAGGACUCCUCUGGUUCCGUCCCAGGUGGCUUUAUCACAUGGAUUAUCUUUGAAAAAGUUGAGGGAAUUGCCCUUGGAGAUGAAAAUGGGGAUAGCAUGUACUGGGAGCAGCCACCGGAAACUCGUGCAAAGAUCCGCAAAGUCUUCCUAGAGGAAUACGAGUAA